ACACGUCUGCUGCUGAGUCAGCUGUGAAUGAUGGAGGUAUAAGAGAGAAACACCAGAGACAGAGUGAGAGAGCUACUGUUGUGAGUGCUCCUGCUGGAACACAGUGGCCUUGAGGGAUGAAGAGCAGGGAGGAGGAGGAGGAGGAGGAGGAGGAGGAGGAGGAGGCCAGCAUUACACCCUGAACACGACUGCUGAAAGCUGCAGAGCAUCUCCAGCCUCCAGAGGGACUAUAUAAGUCGUCCUCUCCUGGGAAACAGUGCUCAGCUCACCCAACCUCAUCCGCUGACAGACAGAGAGCAGAGAGAGCACAUCAAGAUUCACCAUGACACAACCACCAUCUAAAAAACAGGGAUUUAAAAAGUGUCGGAGCGCCACUUUCAGCAUCGAUGGCUUCAGCUUCACCAUUGUUGCCAAUGAGGGGGGGGAAAGCAAUCGCCGUCCGCUGGCCCGCCUAGCACGCUCACGGUCCCAGAAUGCACUCUGCACCGCCGUCACAGCCGCUGUUGGCAUCAUUGAACACAAAGGAACCGAGAGUGACCCGCGCAGUGUCGAGGAGAUCCUGGCCGAUGAGCUGCCAAUUGCUGAUGCUCCCGACGCCAUGGAGAAGACUGCUAUCAGGUUGCGAUGUCUUGUGAAGCAGCUGGAGAGGGGGGAGGCAUCUGUGGUGGACCUGAAGAAAAACCUGGAAUACGCUGCCUCAGUCCUUGAAUAUGUAUACGUCGAAGAAACCAGGCGGCUGGUGGAUCCAGAGGAUGAGCUGAGUGACAUCCAGUCAGACUCGGUUCCGUCCGAGGUUCGGGACUGGCUGGCUUCCACUUUUACCCGGCAGAGAGGUCUGAUGCUGCGCCGUAACGAAGAUAAGCCACGCUUCCGUAGCAUCGUCCAUGCAGUGCAGGCUGGCAUCUUUGUGGAGAGGAUGUACAGACGGACCUCCAACAUGGCUGGUCUUAAUUAUCCUCCAAAUGUCAUCACUACACUCAAGCUUGUGGACACGUGGUCCUUUGACGUGUUCGCUCUGAAUGAUGCUAGUGGAGACCACGCUCUGAAAUUUGUCUUCUAUGAUCUUCUCACCAGAUAUGACUUGAUCAAUCGUUUCAAGGUCCCUAUUUCUGCUCUCAUAUCAUUUGUGGACUCGUUGGAGGUGGGCUACAGCAAACACAAGAAUCCUUACCACAACCUGAUGCAUGCUGCUGAUGUCACACAGACCAUCCAUUACCUGCUCCUCAAAACUGGCAUGGUGCACUGGCUAACUGAGUUGGAGAUCUUUGCCAUCAUUUUUGCAGCUGCCAUCCAUGACUAUGAACAUACAGGAACCACGAAUAACUUCCAUAUUCAGACCAGGUCAGACACAGCCAUGUUGUACAAUGACCGAGCUGUUCUGGAGAACUACCACGUCAGCGCUGCUUAUCGCCUUCUACAGGGUGAUGAUGACAUGAACAUCCUUUCUAAUCUUUCCAAAGAUGACUGGAGAGAACUGCGGACACUGGUGGUGGAGAUGGUUUUGGCCACAGACAUGUCCUGCCACUUCCAGCAGAUCAAAGCCAUGAAGAGCCUCCUACAGCAGCCUGAGGCGAUUGACAAAGCAAAAGCCUUAUCCCUGCUGCUGCACACUGCCGACAUCAGCCACCCUGCCAAACGCUGGGACCUCCACCAACGCUGGACUACAUCCCUGCUGGAGGAGUUCUUCAGACAGGGUGAUAAAGAAGCAGAGCUGGGUCUACCUUUCUCCCCCCUCUGUGACCGCAAAUCCACCAUGGUGGCCCAGUCCCAGAUUGGAUUCAUCGACUUCAUCGUGGAGCCAACAUUCACUGUGUUGACAGAAAUGACCGAGAAGAUUGUGACACCGCUUAUUGAGGAGGCCUCUCGUUCUGGGUUGGAUGGCUUCAGACGCUCUAGUGUCAACAGCAUCAAUGGUAGUGAUGGAAAGCAGUCCAGUGUGAAGAGUACAGGCUCAGAGGGCAGCUGCUCUCUGACCACAGUGGACUUCAAGAGCUUCAAGGUCACAUGGAACCAGGAGAUCCAUCACAACAGAGAGACAUGGAAGACCCAGGCAACCAAAGACCUGGACGACAAACAGAAGAAGGUGGCAGAGGAGGGCAGCCAGGGAGAGAAGGACACAGAAGAGGAGAAACAGUCGAGGAGACCCAACGAUGGACAGGAGGAGACGAAAACAGAUGUGGAGAUACAGAAGAUGGCGGAGGACAGGAGGCAGCAGGAGGAGCGAAAGCCCAAAGAGGAGGAAGGAGACGAUGAUCAAGGUGGAGUUCCGGGAUCCUUGCUGGGAUCAGGCCCACAUCACACAGACCAGAAGAAGGCUGACGGCCAAUCAGAGAGGCAACAGAGGCAGUGUCACAACGGCUCUCAGCCUGACUGCCCUCUAAUCCAUUACUUCAAGAGACCCAGCUACUCUGCCAGCUCCUACCGGCUGCUCCGGUCAAAGGUCACUGAGAUGCGGCCCAUCGAUGCAAGGGGGAAAGCCAGGAGACUGCAGCGCAUCUCCCUGCGUCGCCGAAAGUGACCUCACAGUAUAGAGUGUGACAUCAGCGUGAUGUCAAAUCAUAAGAUACCAUCACAUAAUAAUCGGUCUUUGUUUCUAUCUGCAUGUUGCAGUCUUGUACUCCAGCUGACCUUCUGCUUCGUUACAGUCUUAGUAGUAUAUUAUAGUAUUGUAGUUUAGUAGUAUAGUAUAGUUUUAGUGUAGGGAAUUGUUGCUGCAUCAUUACUGACAACUCCUCCUUCUUUUAAAUCACUUCUCAAACUAUGACUUUUUUCCAAAAUACAUUUUUUUAUGAAUAAUAAUAUCAAUAUAAUGAAUAAUUUCUUAAUUCAAUUUUUUGCUUAAUUAUAUAAAGGGACUGUUUGUAGGAAUCAGAAAUUGCUUGUUAACAGCGACACCUGUGGCCGUUAAGUCAA